AUGGCCACCGCUCCCAAGACUGAUCAACGAGUGCUCAACGUCCUGAUCUACGCAGGACCGGGAGUAACACCCGAAUCACAACGCCAGUGCACCGAGUCACUUAAACGUCUGGUCGGGUCCAAGUAUGCUGUUGCAUAUAUCACCUCAAACAUCCUCAAGACCGAACCAUGGGCCUCAACCUGUGCCCUGUUGGUUUUUCCCGGUGGUGCUGACCUCCCCUUCUGUCGCGAGCUGAACGGCACCGGCAACCGUGCCAUUAUCGACUACGUCCGCAACGGAGGAGCUUACCUGGGCUUCUGUGCAGGAGGUUAUUAUGGCAGUGCCGUUUGCUGGUUCGGACUCGAGGACCCAGCCCAAGAUGUGAAGGGCCAGCGUGAGCUGGCUUUCUUCCCGGGCACCUGCGCUGGUCCUGCUUUCAAGGGGUUCGAGUACCACCGUGAAGUCGGCGCGAGGGCUGCCAAGCUCACGGUGAGAAAGGAAGCCUUCUCUGGUGCUCAGGCGCCUCCUGAUGUCUUCAAAUCCUACUACAAUGGAGGCGGUGUCUUCGUCGACGUCGAGAAAUUUGCAUCAAACGGGGUCGAAGUUCUUGCCGAAUACGCAGACGAUAUCGAUGUCAAGUCUGGCGAAAAACGGGCCGCAGUGGUAUUUUGCAAGGCUGGCCAUGGCAAAGCCAUACUUACUGGACCACACCCAGAAUUCGCCGGCGCGUCCUUGAAGCCACAAGCUAGUAUCCCCGGCUACGACAAGCUCAUUGAGGAAGUGACUGCGGACGAAACCGCACGGCUCGAAUUCCUUGCGGCGUGCCUCAACAAGCUGGGACUGUCGCUCCCUUCCAAGGAUGCAUGGAAUGAGAUUCACCGGCCAACCAACAAGCUGGAUAUCUACUGCCAAGAGGGCCACUUUGAAUCCUUUGUAAACCGCCUCAUGGGGCAAAAAACAUUUGCGGCGGUCGCAGCCGAUGGGAGCUACUGGCUCGAGGAUAGGUUUAAUCUGGAUGUUUUCCAUAUCGAGUGGACUAACGACGGCUCAUGGUCAACCAACUACGAGCCUCGACAGUUUGGCAAACCUAUUUACCGAGUCAAUGUCGUCUUUAACGUAGCAGGCUCGGGGGUGGACGAGUCACGGUUUGACUACGACCUCUACUUUGCCGCCAUGGAUGAAUAUCGAAUGCUUGAGUCGACCCGUACCAUUAAGACGGGCAAGAAUGCAUUGGGGACCUCACGUUGUCCUAAGCUGACCUGGGGCAACCACGUGAUGUAUGGGGAAACUGUCACAAGCACCAAUACUUUGCUCGCGAGCAACCCUCACCUCAUGGCCAGACUAGAGUCAGGCUUUACCUUUACCGCCACUCGUCAGGUGGCGGGCCGUGGCCGGGGCACCAACGUCUGGGUCUCUCCUCCCGGCUGCUUGAUAAUGUCAACGGUCAUCAACCACCCAGCGAGCGUCAUGGGCAUGCGCCCCUUAGCUUUCAUCAACUACCUGGCGGCGGUUGCUAUUGUCGAGGCGAUCAAGGGGUAUGAUUCCACGGAUAGCAUUUACCAAAAAUUGGACGUCAAGAUUAAAUGGCCCAACGACAUCUACGUGCGGGAUCCGAGCAAGCCUGACGAACCAGCCUACGUCAAGGUUGGCGGCAUCCUCGCCAACUGUUCGUAUAGUUCUCCCAACUACCAGAUCAUCGUCGGCAUUGGCAUCAACACAAACAACGCGGAACCCACGACCAGUCUCGAUGCUCUUCUUAAGUGGACUGCUAGCAAGCUAGGAGGUGAUAAGCCACCUCCGCAGCCGUUCCAUAUCGAACGCUUAGUAGCCCGGAUUGUCACUUGGCUCGAGAUCCUCUACGACCACUUCCUGAGUAAGGGAUUUUCCGACGAGCUAGAAGCCUUGUACUACAAACACUGGCUGCACACCAACCAGAUCGUUACCCUCCAAGACGAAGACGGCGUCAAGGCUCGUGUGCUGGGAAUCACCAAAGACCAGGGCCUCUUGGUAGCCGAGGAGGUUAUGGAGGACGGCAUCGAGCUGAACUCGUGGAAAGGAACAGGCACAAUGUUCCAGUUGCGGAGUGACGAGAACGGGUUCGACUACUGGAAGGGAUUGAUCAAGAAGAAGGUUUCCGCCCAAAGCACAGAGAUUUAUGAGAUGUCUCCUCCUGGCGAGAUGACCCCUCCUUCCAAGUCAUCUCAUGAGUCUCUUGCGGAUGAUCCCCGACCCUUCAAGAAACACAAGCUAGACUCACCUGAGAUGACAGCUACGCAGUUUCCCGACACACCCGCCAGUACUCCCGAGCGUGGUAGAACUCCCGAGACGGAACGCGUUCAGUCGGUGCCUACCAUCGUGGAGACUGCACCGGAUGGCACCAGCCGUGUUCCAUACCCCGGAUACUGGAGCGAUGGUUAA